UAUCAAACAAACCAACCUCUGCUCCUAUCUCUAACCCAUUAUUGGCUCUUACUUCAUUCCUUAUACAACUCUCUCUCUCUCAUCUUCAUUUGAUUUAGAGAGAGAAACCUCUGUGUUGUGUUGUCUCACUGAAGACAGAGAAGGGGAGAGAGACACACACAGACUUUCAUGAGAGUCGGCCUAGGAGUAGGAGCCAAAUAAGGAGUUGGAGCGAGGUUUUGGGCGACAAACAAGACAGACUAUAUUACACAUAUACUCUAAAGAUUUUGCAUUUUUUUUUUGGUUGUACUCUUGAUCUUUAGGACAAACAAAAAAAUUGGGUUUUCUGAGAUUUUCCGAUUUUUUUAUUUUGUGGGUUAUGUUUUAUUAAAGUUAGUUUCAAUAUAAAUCUGCAGAUUUUUGCACCCAAGAUUUGAUUUUUAAGUUACCACCGUUGAGCCCUCCUUUGUUCAUUCUAAUGAGUUGAAUAGAUUGUUAUAUGGAAGAAGAAUACAACGAGAAUGGCACAAGAGGAUUACCAAGAUCAAAUGUGUAGUAGCAGCGGCAGUGGCAGCGGUGGCAAAGGGCCAAAGAAGAGAAACAAAGCCCCGCAAAGAGGACUUGGGGUGGCACAGCUUGAGAAAAUCAUAUCAGAAGAACAGCACAAGAAGGGUCAACCUGCUUCUGAUCAAUUGGCUCAUCAUAAUGUUGCUCAACAGAGGGGUUAUUCUGAGUUGUUUAGUCCUCACAAGGAAGAGAACACUCAUACUAACAAUCCCAUUUGGCCUUUUUCUGGCUUGGCUCAAAGGACACUAGCACCAGCACCACCAGCACCAGAACCACCCCAAUACCAGCUUCCUUAUUCUUCGACGGUGAAUAUGCCAAGACCAACUUGGGUGGCACCUGAAGUGAACUUUCAAAUAGAUCCCCAUUAUACCAACUAUUCUUCAUUACAUGUUUGGCAGGAGAAAGACAAGGUGAUUGUGCCACAAUCAACUUGGCUGCCUUCUGAGUUGUUCUAUAAUUUAGAGCCCCCUUCAAACCAAAGCUACAAUAGCAACUAUACCCAACAUGUUCAGCAGGAGAAAGAAGAGAUGGUUUCAAGAAAGAGGCAAUAUCCCUUUGUAGACAAUCCACCAGUCCCCUCUUUCAACUUAAAGAAACCAACUUUUUAUGCCCCAACUAUAGGAGAUGGAUCAUCAUUUUCAUAUGGAAAUGAAGUAACCUUCAUCAAUCCAGAACAUGGUAGUUCAAAUUUCAGAGAUGAAUACCCUUCUUCUUCAUGCCCAACUUCCAUUCCAAAGCUAAGCAUCAGAGAAAACAACAGUGCUUCAAAAGAAGAUUUUCUCGCACUUGGUCGUCCGACAACUACUGCUCAAACAUCUUCAGCCUCAAAGUUGAGUCUUGGUUCCUUUUAUCAACCAUUCCCAAACUACAACAGACCACACAAUUUUGGAACAAUCCCAGUUCAAGGAACUGUAGAAGAGCCAAUUUUCCAACAUGGGCUUAUAAGUGGCUCAUCGGCUGAACAGCUUCUGCCUUUACACAACUUGUUCCCACCACCAGCAAAGGGAAAUAACCAUGAAGCAGUUGAAAAAGAAAAGAGUAAUGGUACUAGUGGUGGUGAUGGUGAUGAUGAAAAUAUUGAUCUCACUUUGAAGUUAUAAAUGUAAUUUUUGGCAAAGAUUACAAGUAGAAUAUAGUCAUACAGAUAUGUCUAAAUCUUGCAUUUUUUACCGACACAAAAAAGGGGCCUAAGAUCUUGGCCAUGUGAUGAGGCUGUAUUCUAACAUAUUCUAUUCAGUCAUGACACCUUUUUGUAGGUUUUGAAUUUUUGGUUUUUGGAUUUGGAUUCUCUUUUUGUUUGUUUGGUUGGAUUAGUUGGAGUAUGAUUGAUGAGAGAAUCAACAACA